AUGAGCUCCAACCAGUUCGAGCUCACGCAGCCCCCCACCGACGCGAUCUCGUCCCUCACAUUUGCGCCUGGCUUCCCGACCCGACUACUUGUCUCGUCUUGGGAUAAGCACGUGUACAUUUACGAUACGCACUCGCAACCAGGCGGCGAACUGCUGCAGAAGGUUGAGCACCGCGCGCCUGUGCUGGACGUAUGCUUUGGCAAGGAUGAGAAUGAGGCUUUCAGCGCAGGCCUGGACUGGGACGUGAAGAGGAUCGACUUGCGGACGGGCGAAAGCACGGUGAUGAGUAGUCACGAGGCCGGUGUCAAGUCCGUCGUCUACAGCCGCGAGCAUGCCCUACUAGUAUCAGCGUCUUGGGACGCCACGCUGCAUGUCCACUUUCUCCUCGACACCGCACAGCCACCGACAACAAUUCGGCUUCCGAGCAAGCCCUUCUCCCUCUCCGUCACCGCGACCAAGCUUGUCGUUGCCAUGGCAUCGCGCGCCGUGCACAUCUACGACCUCAAGGCCCUCCAGAUGCUCUGCUCUGAGAAUCCCGACCCGGAAAAUAUCCUCUCGCCUGAGCCGUGGCAGCGGCGCGAAUCGUCGCUGAAGUUUAUGACGCGCGCCGUUUCGUGUAUGCCCAACGACGCCGGUUAUGCCAGUAGCAGCAUCGAAGGCCGCGUCGCUGUCGAGUGGUUCGACCCAAGCGCCGAAAGCCAGGCACGCAAGUACGCUUUCAAGUGCCAUCGUCAGAAUGUUGAAGGGGUAGACACUGUUUAUCCUGUCAACGCCCUCGCGUACCACCCCCACUUCGGCACAUUCGCCUCUGGUGGUGGUGACGGUGUUGUGGCGCUGUGGGACGGCAUUGCGAAGCGGAGAAUAAGGCAGUACCAGCGCUACCCAGCCAGUAUCGCCGCUCUGUCUUUUUCGGACGAUGGCAAGCAUCUCGCUGUAGGCGUGAGCCCAGGGUUUGAGGAUGGCCAGGAAGACAUGCCGGAAGGACCCGUCAAGGUCCUCGUCAGAGAGCUCGGGGAAUCUGAGGCGAAGGGCAAGAGCGCCAAAUAG